AGGCCACCCGAAAAGAGGGAAAAGGAAGGAAAAGAUCCCUUUUUUCCCCCAGCUCUUCCUCUUCUCCUUCAUCGUUUUCCCUGUCAACCUCUGUUUCCAGUUUUGGUUACUGUGGCUUCAGCUCACCAGCAGCUUGCUUUCCUUACUCCCACCCCCAACAAUUCAAUCUUUUUGGCAGCUUGGCUGUCCCUUUUCCCACUUUCCUUCUUACUGAAGCCAGCCAGAGAAAGCAUGCUUUUCCCAUUCUCUUCCUUCACGUUCAGAGCUUCUUCUUCGAGGGCGGUUGGUUUCUGCUUCAGCUUCCCAAUUUGAGCCCAGUCUCCGUUAAUUUUCCUCGUUAAGUUGCAAUCUUUCCACUUGAUUUGUGUUAAAUUGAGGAUUUUGCGUAAUGGGUUCGCAUUGACCUACUGUUUAGAGCUACUCAAUUCCAGUUAUUUUCCAGUUUAUUCCUGCUCUUCUGUCUGCAAUGGGAGAUGUAGUGAACUCCGAUGAGGGCGAGAGGGAGGCGGUAGAAAGUAAUGAAUGCCACCACCAUCUUCUUCUCAGCAAGCUGAAGACUGCCGAGAUGGAGAUCGAAGAGUUGAAGCAAAUGAGGAAAGAGGACGGGAAGGCCAACGAGAAAGUCGUGGGGAUUUUCGCUUCUCAGGAGCAGACCUGGUUUAUAGAGAGGAAGAAGCUCAGGCUGCACAUUGGAACCCUAAUGAACCAAUUGGAAUUUUUCCAGAAGGAGAAAGAACAAGUCAUCUCGGAAUUCCAUUACAAAAUUGGGGGAAUGGAAGGUUUGUUGCAGGCGAAGGAUAAGGCAUUAGAGGAAGAGGAGAACAAGAGGAAGGAAUUGGACGAGAAGCUGACGAGGGCCGCGAAUUCGGUCGAAGAGUUGAGGGAAUCCAUGAGAAGGGAAGCUCAGGAGCAUUCUGCGGAUCUGUGGAAGCACAAGACUGCGUUUCUCGAGCUUGUUUCGAACCAGAGACAGGUUGAAGCUGAGAUGGGUAGGUUGGUGAAGCAGCUUGAGGUUAAAAGGCAGGAGUUGAAUUCUGCUGUGGAGCAGAAGGAGGAAUCAGCUGCAGAAGUUGUGAAGCUGAGAACGGAUUUGGAGCAGAAAGAGAAGAUCUUGUCUGCAGUUUUGAGGAGAACGAAGGCGGAUGUGAGCGAGAAGCAAAUGCUGGUCAAGGAAGUGAAGGUUUCCAAGGCUAGAAGGAAGCAGGCUGAACUGGAGACAGAAAGAUGGAGGGCUGCUGCUCAUGCAUCAGAGACUAGGCAUGAGAAGAAGCAGCAUUCUUUGAGAAGCAUGUUUGCAAACGCGAGGCAAGAUGAUGACGGUCUCACGAAAGGUAGAUCAUCACAUUCUAGUGAUAAUUAUGUGUUUGAGUAUGAGAAUCCCGAGUUCUUGAACGACUCGGAUAUGGCUUCUUUCCCUUAUGACUACUCACCAGAUGGAAGGGCUGCUGAGCUAGCUGAUGUUAGGAGAUUGGAAGGAUGGAUUAGAACGGAAGCAGAAAGGUAUGCAGCAGCAAUUGAGAAGAGGCAUCAUGUUGAGAUUGAUGCUUUUGUGGAGCAGUUGAGGCUCAAAGACGAAAAGCUCGAAGCUUUUCGAAGGAAGUUCUUGAGCACUCAGAUAGAAUCCAAUAGACUGCAAUCUCACCUCGAAUCACUGAACCAAGAGUUAUCCCGAGUAAGGCACGAGAAUAUGAAACUCGAAGCUUCACUACUGCAGAUUAAGGAGGAAGUAAGUUGUCUUCAACAGCAAGCAAUAAUGUCUCAAUCAGCACAACAGCCUCUAGUUACCAUUUCCCACCAACCCAAGAAUGAGAUAAUUAUGGCCGUCGAGUCUCCUGAGAAGGAGUUUGAAGAAGAGAAGCAUGUAACCGAACAGGGUCCUACGAUUAACGAGGGAAGCCCAAGCUCCAUGGCAGAGAUUGAGAGUGUGAAGAGCAUAGCAACAAGCAGCAAGGCGUUGGUGAUCAACACUAAUGGCAGCAGUAAUAACCCAUGGAGAAUGGAUCUCCAAGCCCUUGGAGUCUCUUACAAGAUCAAGAGGCUGAAGCAGCAGCUCCUGAUGCUGGAGAGGUUGACAGGAAAGCAAGAGAGUGGUGAAGAAGAUUCAGGUGAUCAAGAGAAUGGGGUAAAGGGCUUCUUAAUGCUGAUAUCACUGCUCAACAGGCAAAUCAAUAGGUACCAGACCCUCCAAGCAAAGACCGACGAACUCUGCAAGCGCAUGCAUGACAAUGUGGAGACUUGUUCAUCUGGGAAGAGGGAGGAGAGAAGCAAGGGAGAAAUGAAGAGACUGGAGCAUUACUUGGAGGAGACGUUUCAGGUGCAGAGGUACAUGGUGGCAACAGGGCAGAAGCUGAUGGAUGUGCAGACGAAGAUCGGUUCAGGGUUCGUGGAGGUGCCCGAAGAGCUGAACAAGUCAGGAAGGCACAUCAACAUAAAAAUGUUUGCAGACAACGUGAAGGCGUUGUUGCAGGAAGUUCAGAGAGGUCUCGAGGUUCGAAUCGCGCGAAUCAUUGGGGAUCUCGAAGGGACCUUGGCUUGCCAAGGGAUGAUACGCUUGAGGCGGUAAUUUUUAUAUAUGUAUGUAUACUCAAUGUGAUGUACAGCCUACGUAUAUAGCAGAGAUAGCCAUGAAAAAUUGCAUUAUCUCACUGUAAUAAGAAGGAAAGUUGUGGCGUGGUUAGCAAGUUUGCAGAUGUUCAUAGUUUGUUCUUUGUGUAUAGUCUGGGAGUUAUAUUUAGGGCUGGCUAUUUGGUCCGGUUUUUUGGUUUUA